GGGACGGGACGGGUCUGCAGACCGUCGGAUCACAUGGUGGACAUCCUGAUCAGCGCUUCUUUCUUGGAUGAUAUGGGGGAUCAUUCAAAAAAGAAGUCGGGAAUCGCGAUGUGUGUGGGCUGUGGGAGUCAAAUCCACGACCAGUACAUCCUGAGAGUCUCCCCGGAUCUGGAGUGGCACGCAGCCUGCCUCAAGUGCGCCGAGUGCAGCCAGUUCCUGGACGAGACCUGCACUUGCUUCGUCCGGGACGGAAAAACUUACUGUAAACGAGACUAUGCCAGGCUGUUUGGCACCAAGUGCGCAAAGUGCGACCUGUGUUUCUGCAGCAGCGACCUGGUGAUGAGGGCCCGGGACCACGUGUACCACAUGGAGUGUUUUCGGUGCUCGGUGUGCAGCCGGCACCUCCUGCCGGGGGACGAGUUCUCCCUGCGGGACGACGAGCUGCUGUGCCGGGCUGACCACGGCCUGCUGGCGGAGCGGGGCUCCGCGGGGAGUCCGCUCAGUCCUGGGGCCCUCCACAGCAGCAGACCGCUGCACAUCACAGACCCGAUCUCCGUCCGCCACCCGCCCCAUCAUCGGAACCACGUCCACAAGCAGUCGGAGAAGACCACGCGGGUCCGGACGGUGCUGAACGAGAAGCAGCUGCACACCCUGCGGACCUGCUACAACGCCAACCCGAGGCCCGACGCCCUGAUGAAGGAGCAGCUGGUGGAGAUGACCGGCCUGAGCCCCCGGGUCAUCCGGGUCUGGUUCCAGAACAAGCGCUGCAAGGACAAGAAGAAGACCAUCCUGAUGAAGCAGCUGCAGCAGCAGCAGCACAGCGACAAGACCAACAUCCAGGGACUGACAGGGACCCCGAUGGUUGCGGCCAGUCCGGAGCGGCACGACGGCGGCAUCCAGGCCAACCCGGUGGAGGUGCAGAGCUACCAGCCGCCCUGGAAAGUCCUCAGUGACUUCGCCCUCCAGAGCGACAUCGACCAGCCGGCCUUCCAGCAACUGGUCAGUUUCUCAGAGGGAGGACCGGCAUCAAACUCCACUGGCAGCGAGGUAGCAUCCAUGUCCUCUCAGCUUCCCGACACGCCGAACAGCAUGGUAUCCAGCCCCAUCGAGGCCUGAGCAGCCACCCGCAUGGAUGGACUGAAAUGAACGAUCAUCCCAUUUCUCCCAACAGCACCAAGCAACCCCAAUGGUUGUGUUUUGACACUGUGAAGACAAUCAUGGGAUUUACCACAGCCACCCACUCGAAGGUCAAUCCAGACAGACGGACAUCUCAUAUUGAGUGGGACAUCCCAUUUGCACGCUUGGUUAUAGUUGCCAAAAAGAGAGGACACGAGCUUGCUUCAUYGAAAAUGGGAUCUCUAACUAGGAGCAAAAUCUAAAUCAGGAGUUCAGCAACUCUGAAUAGAAAAUGAAGACAAUUUUUUUCUCAGUACAUUCACCUCAUAUAACCUUUUGGRCUAUUUGGAAAAGAACGGCACCUAUUUUCUUUAUGUAAUUAUUUUCCUUCAAGUUCUAAGGCAUUUGCAACAAGGUAUACCUCUUUAUUGCCACAAGCUUCGUGGGAUAUUUGUGAGUUAGUGUUCAUUGAAAAAUAGGCAUUUUUUUCUUUCUUUCCCAAAGACCUGUAAGUUAGAUCUUUGAAUGAAAAAUGUAAUAUUUGUUUACAUGCAACAGAAUUAUUUAUUAUUUAUUGCCGAUAAAUUUGCCACCUUUUGUGUAACUUUCGUAACCGAAGUAAAAAAAAAGAUUAUAAUAAAAAUAGGCUGCAGUUUUCUUA